AAUAAGGCAAGUUAAAAAAUUUUCACGCUCAUACAUCGUAAUCGAAUCAAAGUUUUCGAUUUCUAACGCUCAUUGUCAAGGUGUCCCCUUUAUUAGCACUAUUAAAAGAGAUAAGCCUGAAUUAUAAUGACUAACAAUACUACGUAAGUCAUGAACUUUAUACAAAAAAGCCAUGUGUGCGGUAUAUUGUGAAUUCGUGGAGCAUAUACGAAGAAUACUUAUCACAACUUUUUCCGUAAUCAAACAACUAUUUACAGAUAAGAAAUAAGAUAAGUAUGCGCAAGUAACUAAAGUAACUAACCAGCAAGUGUUUUGUCUAGUCAGUAUUGCUGCUAUAGAAGGAUCUGAAGCUCAAACAGACAAGCGUAGGAAAUUUUAAUCGGUCAUUUCUAAUAACUCAGAACAGUCUAACAGCUUUUAAUGAGUCGGACUUUUAAAAAGCGCGUAUUAUUAAAUCCGUGACAACAAUGACGAGGUAGCCGUGAAAGUAAAGGCCAUGUAACACUUUUUAGUUAUUUUAUAUCUGUUAACUCGUGUGACGUAGAGAAAGUCUUAUAGCAUUAAAUAAACACUGCCACGUCUUAAGGAAAUAAAGCUAUAGUAUAGUGUCCGUAUAAAUUAAGUUGUAACUUGUUCAUAUUCAAAAUUUGAUAUUAUCUAUGAUACAUUAAUGAAGCCAAAUCGAAUUAUGCCCAACUCCGUCCCCUCCCCAAGGAAUAAGCGAAAGAAGCGAGCUUAAAGAUUUCGCCGCGUCUUACGCUUGAUCAGUAUUAUCAGAGCACGCAGACAGCUUAAAGCGUCGUUUACAUACCGUCUGGAUACCGUAGUUCCCAAUUGAUGAGUUUUGACUCGUUUUUUAUGAUGAACAAGGUUAUGUUUACCGACAUUCGAAGAGGCUGUAUAAACGUUUCGCAGCGAUACAUAUUCUCACUGAUGUGCUUCUUCGCACUGUUCAAUGCAUUUGCAAUGCGUGGUUGUCUAUCGAUUGCCAUCACGGAAAUGGCAAUGUCCACAAACAAUGACGAAGGCCUCGUCGAGGAAGAAACCUGUUCCUACUCAGAUGACAUAGUGCCGGACAAUAGUACCAGUAGUACUGGAUCAACCAAAGGUACUUACGACUGGGACGAAUUUACUCAGGGCCUCAUACUGUCGUCAUUCUACUGGGGCUACGUGGUGACGCAUCUCCCAGGCGGUUGGGUAGCCGAGAAAUACGGCGGCAAGCACACAUUGGGCUUCGGAAUUUUGUUAACAGCCGUUUUCACGCUGCUAACACCUGCAGCCAUCUACGUAGGCGACUCCACUGCUCUCAUAAUUCUGAGGAUCUUCAUGGGUCUCGGCGAGGGUACGACCUAUCCGGCGAUCAACGUGCUUCUAGCCAAGUGGACUCCACCUGAGGAGAGAUCGAGAACUGCAUCCUUCGUUUACGCUGGAGCCUUGAUUGGCACGGUUUAUGCAACUACUGUGUCUGGUUGGAUACUGCAGUAUUCGAGUAUAGGAUGGCCGCUAGUAUUUUACGUCAUGGGGACGAUCAGCGUCAUUUGGUUCUUCAUUUGGCUGCCGGCCUGCUACAAUAGUCCAAAGGAUCAUCCCUUCAUUUCCGAGAAAGAGGUAAACUACCUGAACGAGCGAAUGAACGAGCACACCCACGAGAAGCCGCCACCAGUUCCAUGGCGACACAUUCUAUCAUCGAAACCCUUAUGGGCAGUGAUAAUCGCGCUGAUCGGCUUCAACUGGUCCAUCCUCAGCAUAAUCACUGACUUACCCAAGUACCUCAGCGGCGUGCUCAAGUUCUCCGUAGCGAACAAUGGCUACCUCACGUCCCUGGUCUACCUGUGCAUGUGGAUCGGCGGCAACACUAGUCCCUGGCUCGCGGAUUACCUUAUCUCCAAGAAGAACGUUUCCACCACUAAAGUGCGCAAGUACGGCUCCAUCGUGGCUCUUGCCAUCUCGUCCUCCUUCAUUGUCGCAGCCUCGUACGCCGGUUGCGACCGUGUGCUCGUUAUCGGUAUGUUCACCGUGGCGAUGACGAUGAUGGGCGCUGCGUAUCCCAGUGUCAUGGUGAAUCCCCUGGAUCUCAGUCCCAAUUACGCAGGGACUUUGAUGGCUCUCACGAAUGGACUGUCGGCUCUUACGGGAAUCGCAGGACCUUACCUCAUAGGGAUCAUGACACCGAAUCAGACUCUGGGUGAGUGGAGGUUCGUGUUCUGGAUUCUAUUUGGGGUGUCGAUCGUAAGCAACGCGAUCUUUUUGGUGUUUGGAAGUGGAGAUGUUGAGUACUGGAACGAUCCGGAAUUUGUGAGGAACGAGAUCAGUGAGAAGGAGAGGAAGAGAUCCAAUGCUGCAUAAGCUUUUCAUGUGUAAUGUGUCGAUUAAAUUGUGAAUUUUUUCAAGAAAUAUUAGGUGUACGUAGUCGUUGACUAGUCAAUAGUCAUGCAAUACACUCAUAGUGUGUAAGUAAAAAGCUGAAUUUAAAAUAUUGUGAUUUUAACGUAUGUAUGUGAACUUUUUAUUUUGUAAAUAAAUUAAAUAGCGAAAAUAACCACCACCAUACAACGAAUAAUAUUAUAUUUGUUAUGUGGCAAAGCAGCAAUGAAGCAAGAGGUAUCGGUUGCAUGCAAUAAAAUGCACGCGCCUGCACUCUACCAUACAUAGAAAAAGUAAUUGAUGAAUGAAGAAUCUCUUUGAAAUAAGUCAGCGUUGCCAACAAACAAUUGGCACAGGUUUCUUCAUCUGAUACACCGUAUUCAUUGUCUAUAUGUAUAAUGUAUCAUGCGCAAUUUAUUAUUUGAAUAAGAAUGAAAAAAAUUAAGUAAAAAAAUUACAUAAUAUACUCACGAGUUAUAUUUUGUCUUACAUUGUACAUUUGUUUUUGUACAUAGCUUAUUUCAAUAAAGACUGCGUUUCAAAACUAUUUAUUCUUUUCGAUUCGUUAAUAUUCGUAAAAAUUUGAAUAUUAUUAAACCAAUCAUUUAUUUCUUCUUCAGCAUAUGUAGCUACGAAUAAAAUGACAGAUCAAACUUUACUACAUGUGAUCUUAUAUUUAAAAAUCCAAAAACGUUAAUAUUUUAACAAUAAUCUACGAAACAAUACGCAUAUUUUAUAGAAUUUCAAUCAUUUGUUCCAACAAGUAUAUUGUUUUAAAUACACUUUUUCGAAAUCUGAUACAUAUUCAGGUAUUAAAAGGCAGAACGAUGAGUAGAAUUUAUGACGGUUUUUAAAGGAAUUCAAUCCCAUGUGAAUUGCUAUUAACCAAGAAUGAACACCUGUAACAAGAUGCAAGUGUAUAUUUUAUCAUGUAUAAUCUAUGUUCUAAUAAAGUUUGUAAUAGAAAC